UCGAGUCCCCGACGCCCCAUGGGGGAUCGCCGGAUCGGGGAUGGCAGGUCAUUUUUAUCCCUGGGCAUCGGGGUCGGGGACGAGGACCAGUAAGUCAGUAACUAAGGUCACUGCCCCGAACCCGCCCCGUUACCACUCCUAGACGGGAAGUCGGAACUCGGAACUAUGGUAUCGGAUCAGAAUCGUGAGAGGUGAGACAAGAUACAGGGCAAUACGAUCCGGAGUCCCAACUGCCCCCCCGAACGCUAUAUAGGAACGACGGUUGGCAGUUCUCUUGUCGGUGUCGAACUGAAACCUGCUAUACUGAUUACAUCACGGCAAAAGAUAAGAGUUGAUACAAUCAGUUUAAUCCGUUUUUUUUUUCAAGGUAGUUGAUGCAACCAGUUUGAUCGGAGCCUAUAAAAUGGGAGACCAAGCAGUCACACCAAAGAGGGUCGUCUGCUGCAUAGGUGACGUCCAUGGCUUCUUAUCCAAGCUCCAGAACCUCUGGUCCAAUCUCGAAACCCUAAUCGACCCACUUGCCUUUCAGUCUGCCCUGAUCAUUUUCCUGGGGGAUUACUGCGACCGAGGCCCUGACACCCGAAAGGUCAUCGAUUUCUUGAUCUCGCUCCCUUCCAGGUACCCUAACCAGACCCAUGUCUUCCUUUGUGGAAACCAUGACCUCGCCUUUGCAGCUUUCGUUGGGCUUCUCCCUCCGCCACCUGAUGGGUCUCCGUUCUCCGGCACGUGGAAGGAAUUCGAUCAGAACGAGGAGAGGGAAGGGUGGUAUAAGGGGCCCGGCUAUGAAAGUAUGCAUCUCCAAGGUAGAAGAUGGGCUGGCUCGAUUAAGGACAGAUCCAAUCAUGCCAAGGGGAUGGAGUACAAGGGUUCCAUCUACGAUGCUGGACCCACCUUCGAAUCAUAUGGAGUUCCUCACGGUUCUGCAGAUUUGGUUAAAGCAGUUCCUGAUGACCACAAGAAGUUCCUUGCUGAUUUGGUCUGGGUCCAUGAAGAGGAUAGUGUCUGGAUAGAACUUCCCGAGGGGAGAAAGUGUUGUAAGUUGAUAGCUGUUCACGCUGGUUUGGAGAGAGGGAAAGGAGUGGAGGAACAACUUAAGUUUUUGAAAGCCAAGGACACGCGGAUUUCAAAGGUGGAGUGCCUCAGUGGAAGGAAGAACGUCUGGGACAUCCCACAGGAACUAAAUGAGGGUCCAACAAUAGUGGUGAGUGGCCACCAUGGGAAACUUCACAUAGAUGGUCUUAGGCUGAUAAUUGAUGAAGGUGGUGGAUAUGAGAAUAAACCAGUGGCUGCUGUUGUACUUCCAUCUGGAAAAAUUGUCCGUGAUACAGAUCAAUUCUAGUUCCAUGUCUCACUGUUAUGACCAUUUAUCUUAUAUUCUCUUUACUUUCAGUAAGGUGUCCGGCUAAGGUAUGGAGCAUAUUCUCUUUUCUGGUUAUGAAGAUGGGGUGUAGAUCAAACCUUUUUGUUAAGAAAUCUUCAAUACUUUUUUCUUUGAAGAAUUAUAAUAAUAUAUACAGGCUUGUACUUUUUGCUAGGUUGCUUUGACAUUCAAAUUUUGCCGUUUGUUGAUGUCUAAAUAUUAUUCUGUUUCCUUAUCUUUAUAAAAAGAUGCACUUUAACUACUUUUCACAA